UUGUUCUAGUGCAAGAUUGACUUACGGCAUCUCAAUGUAAAUAACUGUUAGAAGCACGCGGUGUUACGGCAAUCUCUCGCCAACUUUCCUUCUCUCAUUUGUUGGGGUGAAGCGGACUCUCGGCGGAACUGCGCAACGUGACGCAGAACAAGUGUCCACUAUAAACUGAGAAUUGAGAAUUCCUCCUAACCAAAAUUAGAAUGCGGGAUUGUCAGUUCCUCAAGUCAUUCACCAAUUCAUCCUCAGGACCUGCUUCAGUUCCAAGUCUUCCACCGUCUUCCCAUGGUGACAACACACCCAGCACAUCCAGUUCCACAGCGAGCGUCUCUCGCGAAUACAACCUAACAGUGCAGGCCAAAUCCUAUGCGGAGAUUAGGUCCAUGAUACAGGGUGCUCCAGCGGAGGGCGAAGUGCACCUUCUUAACCCUGACGGAGAUUGUGUAAAUGAAGCACUCAACAACAACACAAUAAUCAGAAACAGAAACGGCAGCUUCACCAGCCUCAUUAGCACUUACUUCAACCACACUGAAACCGCCUCGCAGCACUGCCUCCGCCUUCAUCGAUGCGUCGAUCGCGCACGAGCCAUGUACGCACCCCUCUUCGACCUCCGCGACUCCCAUGAUUGUGACCGCACCUUCGAUCUAUUCGUUCAGUUCGAUGGCAACGAAAACCCUUUCCCUGAUUCAAAUGUCUCCAGCAAAGACAUCCGUAACUGCCUCACAGACCUUAGAAACCAGCUUGAUUUUGGCCUCGGCAAGUCUCGCUCUCGGAUUCGCCUCUUCCGGCGCGCUACUGCCGGUUCUGCUCUCUGUUUCGUCGCCACUGCGGUUGGAGUGGCAGCUGCGGCGGUUGCACUCACAAUUCAUGCCGUUUUUGCCCUUGCCGCCGCUGCUGGUCCCUGUUGCAGUGCUUACAUCCCCAAUCCGAGUUGUGCGGCUGAAAAGAGGGAAGUUGCCAGGCUGGCACAGCUAGAUGCCGCUGCCAAAGGUGCUUACGUGCUGAGCUAUGACCUCGACACCAUUGAUCGACUCGUGGCUCGACUCCACACUACAAUUGAGGGAGACAAGCGUCUUGUUAGGAUGGGGUUGGAGAAGGGAAGGGCGAGUUAUCCUAUCCAGGAGGUUUUCAAGCUCCUAUGCAAGAACAAUGAAAGUUUUCUCCGCCAGCUUGAUGAUCUUGCGGAGCACGUAUGCCUCUGCAUUUACACUGUCAACAAGGCGAGAGUUUUGCUUCUUAAAGAGAUAUGUGGUCAUCAAACUCCCUAGUUCCUGUUUUUAACCAAUUGAUCCUUUUUUUUUUGUUUGUUGUAUGUGUGAUCAUUGCUGGUCCAGGUCUUCAACGUAAUCUGCUAUUUCAGGAAAGGGUUUAAACUAAUGUUUGUGCUAGAUUUCAGUUCAUACUUCAUACUGCUAUGGCCUAUUGAAGAAACACCCUUAUUGUAUUAACCAUAACUAUCUAUUCAUUCAUAUCAGAGACAGAGAGUACCUUGCCACCUAAUAGCCAUUGCCACCCUAGUUCAUAUUUCAUUGUUGUGGAAUGUUGAUGUACUUCCUAAACUUUUUAACAAUUCUGCCUUCUUUUUGGUUUCUUUUAAGUUCAAAAUUGCAAUAUUUUUUUUAAGCAUUUUUCUGUUGCCUACUAUCUCAGUGAUUGCAGUAAUCAGAUACAGAUUCAGUUUUGUUUAUGAAAGGAUGCUUUUGUUUGUUUGUACAUAUGCUUGCUUUUUAUGUUGAAGAAUGGUGUGGCUUCGGCAUUUCCAUCUACUUUUUCAAAGAGAAACCCAGCUUCAUAAUUUGUCUGAAAGAGGUUUGGUCUUUGGUUGGUUGGUCCUUCAAUUUUCUUAGAAAAUUUUCACUUAGAAGUUUUCGUUAAUGGUUUUCAUUGUAUGGCCAGAGCGUUAGGAGGAGGCGAAAUGAUGAGAAGAUGAAGGCCAUGGAAAAAUUAAUUCCCAUUUGAAUAAGUUUUGCCACCAGGUCAUAUUGAAGGAGAUAUAGGGAGUUAUUGUUGCUGAGGAUGGUGCAACUCUCAUGGAACCACUGGGAGGUUUUUUCCCCUUGGUCAUUGACCUUGCGAAAGCUCUCUAGAUGUCGAAAGUGUCGUUGUCGGGAAAGCAAAGGAACAAAAAGAGGGACGGUGCUCUAGACACGAAGGUGGCUGAGCUCGUCCUUGAGGCAAGGACCAUCAAAGUUUGUCCUUUUUAAUUAUAUGAAGUAUUUCAAAGUUGGACUAGGUGGGUUUGAUUGGCGUUCAGAGUGAGGGAUUUUGGAUUAGGGUUAAAAGGCUGAGUGAGUGACCAUAAAAAAAAAAAAAAUCCAAUGUAGAAUCAAAACUUAUUUAAAAUAUUAGAAAUAAAAUUAAAACAAAUCGAAUGCUAGAGAUAUUUUUGAAUUUUUUCGAAAAUAUCAGGUAUAGAAAAUAUAUUACCUUAUAUAUAUAAAGUAGCAUCAGUUUCAAGUGUACUUGCUAUAAAAGAUUCUAGCUGCUGGUGUUGACUUUUGAUUUAAGAUAUAAUGACUUUCCUUA